AUGGAUGAUGGUGUUGAUAUACUAAUGAUGGCCUCUACGACCACCAUGAAAUCAUUCGUCUCCAAGACGUCCUCUUCCUCCGCGUUGAGAAACACGAAGAAGUCUUCUUCUUCUAAGCGAGUCUUUAGCGUUCGGGCGAAAGCGGGUCAAUCGGAAAUGGGCACGCCGUUUUCCACCUGGGUGCUCCAACAAGAGAUGAAGGAUAACAUCGACAACGAACACGCCAUCGUGUUGCAAUCCAUCUCGGUCGCGUGUAAGCAAAUCGCCUCUCUCGUGCAAAGAGCCGGGUUGGCCGGCAUGACUGGUCUCGCCGGCGAGCAAAACGUGCAAGGCGAAGACCAAAAGAAGUUGGACGUUAUCUCCAACGACGUCUUUUGCGACACGUUGAGAUUGUCCGGGAGAACUGGCGUCAUCGCUUCGGAGGAAGAAGACGUGCCGGUUGCGGUUGAAGAAACGUACGGCGGGAACUACGUGUGCGUUUUUGACCCGUUAGAUGGGUCUUCGAACAUUGAUGCCGCCGUUUCCACGGGGUCCAUCUGGGGUAUCUACGCCGGCGACUCGCAGUGCGUUCCGGAUUUCAGCUCCGAAUCGCCGGCGGAAGUCGAAGCGAAGUGCGUCCAAAACGUCUGCCAACCGGGCGAGAACUUGGUUUCCGCCGGGUAUUGCAUGUACUCCUCAUCUACCAUCUUGGUCAUCUCCGUCGGGGAUGGGGUCUUCGGUUUCACCUUGGACUCCGCCGUCGGUGAGUUCAUCAUGACGCACGAAAGAAUCCAAAUCCCGAAAUCCGGGAAGAUUUACUCCUUCAACGAAGGUAACUACGACAUGUGGACGCCGGGAUUAAAGCAAUACAUGGACUCGUUGAAGACGGGCGGUAAGGAAACCGGAACGAAGCCGUACUCUGCCAGAUACAUUGGCUCUUUGGUUGGCGACUUCCACCGAACGAUGUUGUACGGCGGCAUCUACGGCUACCCGGGGGAUGCCAAGAACCCGACCGGUAAGUUGCGCUUGUUGUACGAGUGCGCGCCGAUGAGUUUCUUGGCUGAGCAAGCCGGCGGGGCGGGAUCCGACGGUACUGGGAGAGUGUUAAAGAUCAACCCGGAGAAGGUGCACCAACGCGUGCCGUUCUUCACGGGCUCGGUCGAAGAAGUCGCGUACUUGGAAUCGUUCAUGAAGUAA